AAGUUCGUAUUAGAUGUAUAUCUUAGUUUUUUUAAGUGCAAGUCGUGUUAGAAGUAAAUUUCCAUGUUUUGGGAUCAUGUAUACAGAAACAGGCAGAUUAUGCAGGAGUUUGAAGAUGUAGAGGUGCACAAAACUAGCGUGUCUGUGUUCGUAGCUCUAUUCUAUCUGGAAAUGCUGUAUAUUUUGAUAAUGACGCUAUCAAUUCUCAAUAGAUUGAAUCAAAACUUACUUUCCUAAAUUGCUCGAUUUAACACUGCAUAUCAGUUCAGUGUUCUGAGAAUGAUAGACCGCGACUCGUACGAGCGACUCUACCUCGUCCGCGAUGACAAACAGGACAUAUACAUCGAUCUACCGCAGCUCCUGCCGCAGCACCAGCUUGACGGCAUCCGAUACCUUUACAGGCAGUUCAAGAAGAGAAACCCAGGAGUGAUCCUGAACGACCCAUCAGGCUACGGCAAAUGCCUCCAAGUGGUACUAUUCGUCCACGCCAUGCGGCCCACACUGAACAAACCCAUUCUCAUUCUGUGCGACGACAACGCCGUGCAGAACUGGAAGGAACACUUUGAGAUAUGGACCAAUUGCUUUCAUGAAGUUGCAGUUCGAACCUCGAAUCCAUUUGCAAAGAAUUCUAUCUACAUAAACAGCAAGAAAGACGGGGCCUCGUUCUCGCGGCGCACCUGGGGAAUGGUGGUGGUGCACGACAAUCACAUCGCCAAGGAAAUGCUGCAGAUAAAUUUUAACGCCGAUUACAAGAUUUGGGUCACUUCUAUGAAUUUAAAGGAAGAACUACACAAACUGUCUCUAAUUUACCAAUGGCUACACCCGAACAGCGAAAUAAAUCUUGAUAACUUCAAAACAGAGCCAAAAGAUUACUUAGACAUGCUCACUAAAUCUCUUCUGCUGGACGCCUAUUUGGAAGAUUUUCUUAUUAGAAGAAAUGACUUUUGCCCGCUUUUUGUCAAGCCUCAAGUUCAUGAAAUAAUAGAGUCACCAGUGGUGGAAUCUACAAAAGUAUCGCGUAAAAAUAAAGAUCCCACCGGGACUAAAGUGAAGAGCACCAAGAAAAGGAGAUUAGAUAACGAAGUGGCGAACCAGGAAGCUCUAGAACAAAAGGUACCCAGUAUUCAUAACAACGACACAAACACUUAUGAUGUGAGCAACGAAAUGUUUAACUUUACUAAUAACACUGAAGGUAAUUUUUGCAAAGGUACAAUGAAAUAUAUACAUGACAACAAUUUACCUGAAAACGCAUUUAAAACUGAAGAUACUGAAGAAUCGUUUACCUUAGAAUUUCAAAAUGCAGUUAAUGAAUUAGUUCAAGCAGAUAACGCUUCUCAACAUGAAGGUAACACAAAUAAUUCUGAAAUGAAUGUGAUAAUUAAUGAAGUGAAUGAUAAUAUCACAAAUUUAAAUUAUAGCCAAAGUGAUACGCAAAAGUUAAGCAAUAGUGAUGAAUUUGAUAUACCAAUGAUUGAAGUUAAUGCAGUUGUUCCUAUACAAACUUUAAAAGAUGGAAUAAGAGACAAUACAUCUACGAUUAAAAUAAAUACCUCCGCGAAGAGUGACAAAAUGAAAUAUGUAGAUGUAUCUAUCGACAGUGGAAAAGUAAAAAACCACGUCGAAGAAUGUUCAAAUAAUAAACAAAAGUCUAAUAACGUGUCCGAUACCACAGAAUCGGACGAUGAAUUGAAGGUUCCAGAAACUGUCAAAGUAGAUGAAGAUAUUAGUAUUGUACAUUGCAAACCUGGAGACAAUAAUGCAAACAACAAAAAUGCAACAAAAACUGAAGAUUCGAAUGUUCCAGAAGCAAAAAGCGAAGAAAGUGAUGACGUAGAAAGAAAACUGUUAGAAUUAGAAAAGCAAGUAUUGGAUCAGUUUAAGGGGUCAUUGUUGGACAGAAUGUUGUAAUUAUAACGUGAAAUUAGGUUAAUGAUAUGUUUAUGAACGUUAACUAAACUAACGGAUAACUCACGUAUUUAAGUCGAAUUUUUGCUCGACAUGUUUUGAACCAGUCUGUGGUUCUUAGUCAUGCGAUUCCGCGGCGGUAACUCGACCGAAACUGCGCGCCAAAGCCCUGACAGCCCGGUCACUCAGUACGGCUGCGGGUGCAGGCGGCGGCGGCGGCGGCGGCGGCGGCGAGGAACUACCCUCGUUUGUUUUAUUUUUAUUAAAGUCGUACGCAAGAUUGCACACUACACUAACAACGUCACUUUCUAAAAUCUCAUCCACACUAACCAAAGACGCAGUACCUAUAUGUCUGAGACUCAUGGUGGUUUUCUAUAAUCUGUCUUUUUUAAGAUGGAGUAAAACGACAUUUGCAGGGUUGCCUGCUUUCGUAAAAUUUGAAAUGGUCAUGUAGUAGUUAUCGACAGUUUUAUUGAUAGAUUGUGAAUGUAGGACGAAUUUUGUCAAAAAUGAUUGAAUUGUGACUGAUUACUAAUUGCAUUACUGUAUUAUUUAUUCUUAUUUUGACAGUUGGUAUAUUAUCAAAAUCAUUUUUUAUAUACACACAUUUUAAUAACGACACGUAUCUUAAACUAAAAUGAUUUUUUAAAAUAUGUCUCCUAUUUGCAUUUUUAAUACACAUACUUCUAAAUUUAAUGUAUGCAUUAAUGAAUUUUCAAAAAUCAACAAUUCAAAUGAGCCUGUGCCCAACAGUUGGACGUAUAAUGGUUCGAUGAUGAAUCAAAUUAAACAAUUUCGCCUAUUUACUUCAUCAGCGAAAGCAACGUUCUGUUGACAGAAUAUUUAUCGACUGCAAUCGCUAGUUGCUCACAAGCGGGCAACACUUGCGUAAUGAACGGUCAUUUUACUCCGUCUUCAAUAAAGGCAGACUUUAAUUAAAAAUGCUUAUGAAUCAAGUUCUUGGGUUUUCGCGAUUGUUACACAUAGGAAAUGAAACUAUUAAUCAAACUAUUAAUAUCCGGAAUUAAAUCGCGGGAAAAUUGUUUUUUUCAAACAAACCAACAUUUCGGGCCCUUUACAGGUCACAUGAGAAUUUAAUUUUUUUAUUUUUUAUUAUGUCGUCAUUGGAUAUCGAAAACGGUGUUUUGCAACAAAAUUGUGCUUAGUAAAAUACUUAAAUCGUGAAAAGCAGGGGAUUACGCUAUUUUACGAUAAUUAUAAUGCUAUUUAAAAUAGUAAAUUUGCACGACAUUAUGUUAACAUAAUGACUGUGAA